GAAGUGGUCUCCUGACCCACCGCGCCGGAAGUGGUCUCCGGAAGCGCCGCCCGGGAGAAGAUGGCGCUGGAGGCUGGCGAUAUGGAAGACGGGCAGCUUUCCGACUCAGAUUCCGACAUGACAGUCGUACCCAGCGACAGACCGUUGCCAGUGCCGAAAGUGCUAGGUGGGGACAGUGCACUGAGAGCUUUCCAGAGUACUGCAACAGUAUGUGCACCAGUGUCACAUUAUCGGACUGUUAAAAGUGUGGAUUCAAGUGAAGAGAGUUUUUCCGAUUCAGAUGAAGAUAGCUCUCUUUGGAAACGGAAGCGACAAAAAUGUCUUAAUCCUCCUCCCAAGCCAGAGCCUUUUCAGUUUGGCCAGAGCAGUCAGAAAACAGCUGCUGCUGGAGGAAAGAAGGUGAACAACAUAUGGGGUGCCGUGCUGCAGGAACAGAGUCAGGAUGCAGUGGCCACUGAACUUGGCAUCUUGGGAAUGGAGGGCACCAUUGACAGAAGCAGGCAAUCUGAGACCUACAAUUACUUGCUCGCUAAGAAACUUAGGAGAGAAUCUCAAGAGUGUACAAAAGAACUAGACAAAGAGCUAGAUGACUAUAUGCACGGUGGCAAAAAACCAGGGUCGAAGGAAGAAGAGAAUGGGCAGGGCCAUCUCAAACGGAAAAGGCCUGUCAAAGACAGACUAGGGGACAGGCUAGAAAUGAACUAUAAAGGCCGGUAUGAGAUCACGGAAGAAGAUUCUCAAGAGAAAGUGGCUGAUGAAAUUUCUUUCAGGUUACAAGAACCAAAGAAAGAUCUGAUAGCCCGAGUAGUGAGGAUAAUUGGGAACAAAAAAGCCAUUGAACUUCUGAUGGAAACUGCUGAAGUUGAACAGAAUGGUGGUCUUUUCAUAAUGAACGGUAGUCGAAGAAGAACACCAGGUGGAGUCUUUCUGAAUCUCCUGAAAAACACUCCUAGUAUCAGCGAAGAACAGAUUAAGGACAUUUUCUACAUUGAAAAUCAAAAGGAGUAUGAAAAUAAAAAAGCUGCUAGAAAAAGAAGAACACAACUAUUAGGGAAAAAAAUGAAACAAGCUAUUAAAAGUCUCAAUUUUCAGGAGGACGAUGAUACAUCACGAGAAACUUUUGCAAGUGACACAAAUGAGGCUCUGGCUUCCACCGAUGAACCUCAGGAAGGAAAUGGGGACGCCAGGGUGGAUGCUGAGGAAGCCAUUGAGGUGGACCAUCAUCAUGAUUUAGACAUCUUUUAAGCACACUUUGGACAUUUUGAAGAAUUUAAACCUUUCUAAAAUAACAUCGUAGCAAAUGUUUCUACUGAAGUUGCUUUACUUUGCACCUAAUCUGGAAGGAGAGCUGUUUCUUUUAAGUAAAAAGCUAAUGUAUGUGGAAUGGAAUGUCAUUGCGGGAAAUGAUUAAAGCAGCUGUAUCUGAUGAGUAGCUGGCACCGGCCUCCUUUCUCCUGAUGCAUGUGCUGAUUAUUAUUAGUAGUAGGUGACAUCCCCGUGUUCCCACUACACAUGCCAUUCAGAAGUUGUGUUUGCCGAUUUAUCUUUGUGGUGAAUUAUGCUUUGAUUUCAAAACAUUCCAUUAAAAGAUCCGAAAAGAUGCAUACAUUGUUAAGCUGUUACAUUCAGUUGGGAAUGGGGUAGGGGCAGGGAGUUGUAAGAACUUUUUUUUUUUUUUAAUUCAAGGCCUUCCUAUGUAAACUAGACUGACCUCAAAUUCUCUCAUCCUGCCUCAGCCCAACCAGUGCUCAGAUCAUGGGUUUACACUACCAUGCACCACUACUUUUAGGUAAUUAAAUUUUUAUUGGGAGGGGCCAUAGCCCGUCUGGAGGUAAGGGGAUAACGUUGGCCUUGUUACUUGCCUUCCA